AUGAGUGAAGUGCUUUACCGAAAAAACCGGGAGGAAUAUAAUGAUGACUUUGAGAAGGAUCUGGAUUGGCUGAUCAGUGAGGAAAGUCGGGGUGAGGAGCAAGGUCCUGACUACGAGGACAUUGAGGCGGACAUCAACAAAGAGCUGGCCAAUGACGAGAAACAGCAACAAGAGGAGAGCGGAGACAACAACUCGAACAAGCAGGAAGAUGAUGAAGAGAGGUGGCCCUCACCAAUGGAACCACUUGAGUACGACUCUGACAGAGACAGCCUUAUGAAGCCCUUUCGUACAACACCACCUCCUUUGGGUCUUGGUGAGCAGACAGAAGAGGAGAAAAAGUACGUCCUAGAGAAAAUCCAACAGGCCAACAAGGAGCUGCGGGAUCAGGACGCUCCAGAUUUGCGCCGGAGGCGGCGCCUUCAGUUCAAAGACAAUCUAGUUACCUUGGUAGUGCCUCCGGUGAAGUUUGAAAAUGACGCCGGGGAGGUGGAAGUGUCAGGGAGAUUAUCUGAGCUGAAAUUGUCACCUCGAGGGGAGGACAGUGGAGAGAAGAGAGAUGAAGGGCUAAAGGAGGGAAGGAUCCUUAUGGAAAAAGAUGGCAGGUUUCAUCUUGUCAGUCUCAAGGAAGUGGAAAAUCAAAGCCUCCUUCCUCCGAUCGUACAGGAUCACAUGGGGAAGAGCUCCACGUCCACCCACUCAUCAUGUUCCUCCUUCGGAACUUCUCCCUCCUUUCAGAAGGCCGAUCCCCUCCGGGGUCCCAGACCUCCAGUAAGGUCCAGCUCGGCCUGUUACAACUACAGAGGAGGACAGAGAAGAGGCACCAAACGGAGGGUACAGUCAGCCAGCGGGACACCCUCCCAGGCUACGUUUAAGCUCUCACCCCAGCAGAAGGAAUUGCUGCAGAAGGCCCAGGAAAAGAAGGAGAAGAUGGCCAGAGAGGCCGAGCAGAGGAAGUUGGAGGAAGAAGAGCAGAGGAAGCAGGAGAACGAGCUGGCUUUCAAGGCCUGGCUGAUGAGGAAGAGAGAGCAGCUGCAGCAUGAGAGGAGAAUCCACAGAGCUCAGGAGAUGGAGAGGAUGAAUUCUCAGAGGGACUCCAGUGUGGCAGAAGAGGCCUUCCGGCUGUGGCUGCAGAGAAAACAGGAGCAGCAACAGCGAGAGAAGCAACUGGUACAGCUGAGGAAGUUGGAGGAAGACAGUGGUUAUCUUCUGCGGAGCAGAGAGGAGUGUGAACGUGCCUUCAAAUUGUGGCUGACCCGAAAGCGGGCGGAAAAGCGGGCGGAGCAGCAGGCGACUCGGGAGCGGAUACGCAGGUUCGCUCUGGAGGAGAGGCGUGCACGGCGUAUGCGUGAACUGUUGUGCAUAGCCAGCGACAACAGGACGUUCCGAUUCACGGAUCAGAUGACCUGUCACUUCUGA